AUGAGCGGCGCGGUGCUGCGGCGGCACUGCAGCAAGCGGGGCUUGCAGAACCUCCUGCGGCUGACGGCGCAGUGGAGCGUGGAGGAUGAGGAGGAGGCAGCCCGAGAGCGGCGCCGGCGGGAACGGGAGAAGCAGCUGCGGUCCCAGGCCGAGGAGGGCCUGAACGACGCCAGCUCCUGCCCGGAGAGCGGGCUGCCGCCACAGGAAAACCAUUAUGACUUUAAGCCCUCUGAGCCAUCGGAGCUGGAGGAGGAUGAGGGCUUCAGUGACUGGUCCCAGAAACUCGAGCAGCGCAAGCAGAGGUCUCCACGACAGUCGUAUGAAGAAGAGGACGGUGGUGUGAGGGAAGCUGAAGUCAAGCUGGAGCAGAUCCAGCUUCACCAGGAAAGCCUGGAGAACAUCCAGGAGGAGAAUAUGGUUGUGAGGGAGGAGGAGAGGCUGUGCCAUGAGGAAGAUGAUGACCAAGAGCAACAGGAGGAGGAGAGAGCUUUGCAGGAGGAAAAGAAGAGGAGGAGAAACGAAGAGGAGGAAGUGCCGGACAAACGCCAGAAAGCUCCGAGCCCUGCCAGCCUGGAGGACGAGGAGCUGUGCUCUGACCACACUGCUGUGUGCUCCACCAAGAUCACGGACAGAACAGAGUCACUGAAUCGCUCAAUAAAGAAAAGUAACAGCAUAAAGAAGAGCCAGCCUCCCCUGCCUGUGUCAAAGAUAGAUGAUAGACUGGAGCAAUACACACAGGCCAUUGAGACAUCCACCAAGGCUCCAAAACCUGCCCGUCAGCCAUCCCUUGACAUUCCCACCACGAGCAUGGUGGUAGCCAGCACAAAAAGCCUCUGGGAGACUGGAGAGGUUGCAGCUCAGUCCUCUGUGAAGUCGUCAGCCUGUAAGGAUAUUGUGGCUGGAGACAUUGUGAGCAAAAGAAGCCUUUGGGAACAGAAGGGCAAUCCCAAACCUGAGACCAAUAUCAAGUCCACUCCUGGGAAAAAGUAUAAAUUUGUUGCAACAGGCCACGGCCAGUACAAGAAAGUGCUGAUAGAUGAUGCAACAGAGCAAUAACGUGCCUGGAGAACCCGUUAACCAGCUGAGCUUGGUCCUGGCUCGAUGCAACCCUCAAUGCCAAUGUUUCCUCUGCUCCAAGGAAGACACUUAAAGGAUGUUUUUCUUCUCUUGCCUGAAGUCAGUCUGGUUCAGUACAGCUCAACUGUCCUCUCUGGGUGUGAGUGACACCUGCACUGCCUCCAGUCAGGUGAAAGAAGAAAUCAGCUGGUGGAAAUGAUCCCCAUUUUAACCUUCUAAGUGACUCUAGCCAUUUUUUUCUUUUAAUCUGCCUCUGCUAUGGAGGUGGGAGGCUGUGGCUCUGCUCCCUCUCUUCUUUAUCAAGUGCUUGAAGAGAAGAAGCUACUGGCCUGCCCAGCUGGCAGGUAUUUUGCUACAGAAUGAAGAAUUUCUAAUCUUGUGAUUCUUGAUGGCUCAGUGGUGGGAGAGAGAAAGCUGAAUAGUUGCCAAGUAGCCUGUUUGAGGAGAGGGCAAUGGGCAGAUCCUGAACAUCAGGAGCCUGUGAGCAUCUGUUGUCACCACCACCACUCCUGCCAGCUGUGGUUUGUUUCCUCCUGUUUACAGCAUAGUCUUUCCUUUGGCAACAUCUAUGCUAAGGGAUGUCAUCUACUGGUCUCUCUGCUUCUACAUUAAGGCCAAAUUGUGUUUAACCAAGCCCUGUUUUCUUCAGUCUUCAGAUCACCAUUUUAAUCACAGUUGAGUACCCAUGCCAAAAGUAUUCCUGCCACUUGUUCACCUCAAGUGUGACCGUAGAUGCUGAGCUUCAGAUAGCUGGUGCCUUCCUUUCCCUGCUAAAUAGGGAUGCAGGGCUGUGGCUUCCUCCAGGUGUGGAGUGUCCAUUACUGGCAUCUUCUCCCUUCCCUGGGAAGGGAUUGGCUUUUCCUCUGACCUGGGCUCUACUGUAAGGAACUAAAACACUUAUUUCUGCAUGUCAAAGGCAGGUGUGCUGAUAACCUGCAAAUCAAGCUCCUGGAGAAGGACUGGAUAUCUGGGAAAUUCCCUUAUACUGGAACCUUUUCACUUGGACAGCUAUUUUAGUGCCUCCCAGGGGCUGGUCAGGGCUUGCUGUGAUGGGGAGGAAACCACCCAUGGGGAAGGACAUGCUGAUUUCCAGGCUUUCUAGGCCCAGUUCUGUAAAACAGCUCCUGGGGCUCUUCCUGAUCUCUCAAGUCUUUACACUUCAUGUUGUUAGCACAUUCCUGAUCUCCUGCUUAAAAUCUGUUCAUGUCCUCUUC